GAUUUAUUGUCGUAAAGUCCUAGCAACCAUGGAAUAAUAGCAGUUCGUGUUAAUGAGCAGUUCAACAUUGACCGAAUGGAUUGAAAAAUACCAAUUUUCAGUUAUAGCUCAUUUAGAUUUGGAUUGCUUUUAUGCCCAAGUAGAACAAAGGCGAUUAAAUAUCCCAUCAGAUACUCCUUUAGCUGUUUAUCAGGUGUGGGAUGGAAUUAUUGCAGUCAAUUAUGCAGCGAAAAAAACAGGUGUUUGUCGAGGUCUUCGGGUAAUUGAAGCAAAGAAGCUGUGCCCUUGUUUGCAACUCGUUCAUGUCGGAAUUAUAGGGUUGAAUCCAUCAGAGGAUUCUUCUACCGUAACACCAGAUCGUCAAAAGCACAAAGUUUGUUUAAAGCGUUAUCGUGAUGCUUCUCAAGAGGUUUUAGAUGUCCUUUCACAUUACUAUAGCGACCAUUUUCAGAGAACAUCAAUUGAUGAAGUUUAUAUAGAUCUUUCAACGUAUAUUAAGCAACUUUUAAGAUCUAUUAUAGAGUGUUUAGCUCCCUUAGUUCAAGUAUUUAAAUGCCAAAAUUUUUCAUCUUUUACACAGGAUCAUAAUCAUUCGAACUGUGUACAAAAUGGGAUCACAUGUGCAAAAAACACUAAUGGUUCUUGUGAUAUAUGGAAAUUUUGCGAUGAACACGGUUGUCCGCUUUGGAUUGAUACAAAAAAUGCGAAUUCUGCAUGCCUCACUGAACCCAAACAAGAAAUUAUUUUAUGGAUCAUUUUGUGGUUACAGUGGUUCGAUCACGAUUUUAACAACAAAAUCGAGUCAUUCAGAAUUGGUACUUCGAAAUACGAGAUACUUAAAAAUGUAGCUAAAAAUCUUUUCGAAGACCAAACAGGGCUUUUAUAUGAAAUAGGAAAAGAUUGUGUCUUCCGUUCUUUAAUUUUGCGAAAUGUUGAUCCGGAAACUAACACCUGUAUACCAUUUUUCUUACGUGAUAUGAAUCAAAAUAAUUUUCCGUUAAUUUUAGGAAGUUUUCUUGUAUAUAAAACACGAAAAGACAUUAAGAUAAAAACCGGAUUUAAUGUUAGUGCAGGCAUCGCUAAAACAAAGUUUUUUGCAAAAAGACUUUCGUCUGAAUUUAAACCAAAUACUCAAACAAUACUUUUUAACAAGGAUAUUAUUCCAUUAUUAAAAACGAUUCCUCUCACUAGUGCAAACAGCAUGCGCGGAAAGACUGGCCGCUGGAUCGCUGCAGUGCUCCCCGACGUCAAAUAUCUCUAUGACAUACCUUCCAAGUAUACAUUGAGCGCAUUAAAGCUCAAAUUCCGUUCGUAUCCAGCGUGUAACGAUUUUGUAGAAUGGUUGUACAAGUUUGCAACUGGCGCCUCGGAGGAAUCUGUUCGUUCCGUAACACAAGUAAAGUCCAUGAUUUCUUGUAAAACAUUUCAAGAUGUGCAUACUAUGGAAGACUUACACAAUUGGAUUCAGCUUAUUUGUGCUGAUUUGUCCGAAAGAUUGGUGACUGAGUUUAAUAAAAAUCAACGUUUCCCUAAAGAUUUCGUGCUACAUAUAACCGGUGGUACUCCAGUGGCCUCUCGUACUAGAUCUCUGCCAGCUUUUCUGUGUUCUUUUACAGACCAAAAUCAUGUCGCAUCUAAAUUAGUAGAACGUAUGAUUAGUACUCUUUCUUCACGGAUUUCUCCCAAACAACUUUUCCCGUGCAACCGAUUAGGUUUAGGUGCCAAUUUAACAACUGCUCAAGGACAGCGUUGUAACAAUUCUCUUUUAUCAUUAUGUACCAAAAAAAAGGUUCUUAAUAAUUUGUCUGAUUGUGAUAAAUUAAAAAAGCUGGACUCUUGUAUUGUUAAAACGAAAUUAUUAAAACCCCAGAUAGUUUCACGAAAAUGCCAAAAAAAGAAAAAAAAAAAGGGUAAAAUUUUAUCUCGUUAUUUGUGCCCUUCUGUCUGCUUGCCUUCAUGUUUAGAAACAUAACAUAAAGUCUUUUUAAAAAAAAAUCAUUCGUCCCGUUUUUAUACGCUAAUUUCUAUUAUUGUUUCAAGUUAAAAAUGUUCAAUUGUUAUUUGAGUGCAUUUUUUGCUAUCUCGGUUUUUCGCCUGACCGCAAGAAAAAUUUCAUAUCCUUCUAAAAAAUAGUUUUAUAAUAUAUUUCUUUCGUCGUACAUAAUGAAUUUCUGAUAUUCAAGAUUCGAUUUUUUUAAUAACGAUCAUAUCUCUUAACGGAUGACUCACUUUGUUUGUUAAAACUUAUUCGUCGUCUUACCUUAUCUUAACACCGUUUAGUUGCUAAACUUGCACCAAA